GUCAAAUUCUUCGGCCAAAACUCUGGUCCAUCAGAAAACCAGAGAGAGAGAUUUCCAUAGGGUGAGAGACUGUAUUUUUAAGUACCGGAAAAAGCCAGAGAGGGUUUCUUGAAUCCUGAAUUCUCCUGAUUGCUAACGGACGCGAGUAAACCAAGGAGCUCCUGGAAGAGAGAGAGAGAACUUUUAAUAUCAGGCAAAUUUUGAGAGAGAGAUGAACUCUUUUCUGAACCCGAACAAAAAACCCAAGAGAAACAGCAACACCAAGCCCAUCUUCAACCCCCUCUCAUGUCUAUUCCUCUUUCUGUCUAUCAUCUCUCUCUUCUUUAUCCUCCUCUCGCCCUCCUCUAUAACACGCUUCACUUUCUCUCUCAAGAACUCCCCCCCUCAAUGCAACCCAAAAUCAACGGCCAAAACCCUAGAAUUCCUUCCCAAAGGCGAGAAAUAUCUCUGGUAUUCACCUCACAGUGGGUUUAGUAACCAGGUAUCGGAGCUGAGGAACGCAUUCUUGAUCGGCAGUUUGCUCAAUCGGACGGUCAUUAUUCCUCCCAUCUUGGAUCAUCACGCAGUGGCCCUUGGAAGUUGCCCCAAAUUUAGGGUUUCGAGCCCUUAUGAAAUUAGAGUUUCGGUUUGGGAUCACAUUGUUCAUCUGAUGCAAAAUUCCAGGUACGUUUCAAUUUCAGAUGUUCUUGAUCUUUCAUCAUUAAAACACUCCGUAAAAAUGAUUGAUUUCAGAGUUUUUGCUUCACUAUGGUGUGGCAUAAGCAUGGACGAAGCUUGCUCUGGUAGCCUAUGUUGUGGUCUUUCCCAAUUUACUUCUCAAUGGGGGGACUUAAAACAAUGCGGGUCUUUGUUAUCUGGUCUCAAAUACAACUCAGACUGUGUAUAUGGGGUAACUGAAGAUUGCAGGACAACAGUGUGGACACUGCAACCUAACACUGAUGGGUCUUUGGACUCUUUUCAACCUGAUGAAAGCCUAAGGAAAAAGAAGAAUAUAUCUUACAUUAGAAGACGUAGAGACUUGUUUAAGGCCUUUGGUCCUGGUUCAAAGGCUCAUGUAGCCAAAGUUUUAUCUUUUGGGAGCCUUUUCUCUGCACCUUAUAACGGUUCCCAGCUUUAUAUUGAUGCCCAUGAUGCUCCAGCCGAUGCUUAUAUACAGCCUUUGCUUGGAAAAAUUGAAUUUCUUCCAUUUGUUGCAGAAAUAUUAAGUGCAGGAAAGGAGUUUGUCGAGAAGAAGAUUAGGGUCCCUUUCCUAUGCGCUCAGCUUAGAUUGCUGGAUGGGCAGUUCAAGAACCAUUGGAAGGCCACCUUCUCGGCCUUGAGAGAGAAAAUCCAAUCCUUGCAAGCUCAGCUUGAGGGUUCGGAUAAGCUGAUGAAUAUUUUCAUAAUGUCUGAUCUACCACCUUCAAAUUGGUCUGGAACUUACUUGGGGAAGUUGGCAAGUGACCCCAAUUCCUUCAAGAUUUAUACCCUCAAAGAAAGCGAUGAAUUGGUUUCAAAAGUUGCUGAAAAACUCAUGGCCAGAGAGCAUGGGAUUAGGUCUGGUUAUUACCCAAGAGAGAUUGUCAGCAUGGAUAAGAGGAAACAGUGUGUCUCUUCCAGGGUUUUGCCUGAAGUGCUUAUGUAUGUGGAGGAAACAGUCUGUAGCUGUGCUUCUCUAGGUUUUGUUGGGACUUCUGGUUCAACCAUUGCCGAGAGUAUAGAGUUGAUGAGAAAGAACAACGUCUGUUUGGAUUCAAAUAAUUCAUAGUUUUUUACCCAUUCUCAGUCAUUUCUGCGAGUGAGUUUUCUUAAGGAUCCAGCUUUCCCAACAUUCGAAGCUUUUCAUUGGCAUUGGAAGCAUGUGGCGAAAAUCUUCAUAAAUCCUCAUGUGGGCAUUCACUUCAUGGAAUGAGAGCACAAUGUAGUGAUGCAUUUUACAUCUCCCAUUGGAGGCAUUAGUUGCUGAAUUUUAACGCAAUUUGCUUUGUCUAGAACUUUGGUUUCUGCAAUUGUGGGUAAAACGGGCAAAUCCAUAUUCAAUGCGCUAAGGAUCAAACUUCGGCCUCCUAGUAACUACACGAAGAUACCAACCACUUUUAAUGAAGUGUCUUAUGGAAUUGAUGCAUUGAACAGGUUAUUACCCCAGGCUUUCUCUCUCAACAUAGCGCAUACAACUGGUGACCUUGAUCAAAUGCUCUUGCACCGUCCGUGGUUUGUUGGCAAGGUGACUUCAAGGCUGGACCGAAGUUAUUCUCCUUUCUUUGGCUUGCUUUCUUGUGCAAAACAAGGAUAUGCUCCAAGUCCAAAUUAAGCAAAUUGUAACUUAAUUGCAUUAUCAAAUCUCUCCUUUGCAAAAUAACUGUAUCGCAAAAGAAUGUGAAGAGGCAACGCGAACUUGGGUAGUUCUUAUUCUUCAUUUUUUAUUGGUUCUUCCAACUAAGAGCUACAUUAUGGAUCUGUAUGUGUUCCUGGAAGGUUGCUUUGCAUUGAUAAAAAAGAGUGAAACAGAGGUAAAUUUUUGCAUGGUGUAGAUCUUCUUUAGCACUUCAUGUUUUUAGAUCUUUUCCUUGUUUAUAGGAGGCAAUAUGUAUAUUGUUAACAUUAUCAGCAUUUAUAUAUUUUUAUUUAUAUU